GUUUUGUUUACAAUAAUUUAUUUAAUUUCGGUAUAGUUGCCUAGAUGAUUUACUAAUUAAGAAAGCAACUCUUAUUCAUCAUAUUUUUCCAAAGUCAAAGAAAUGGCCAAUAAAUGUUCAGCGAGUGGAGGUAAAGGCAACCUCGGCAGGUUCAUAGACCGCGAGCCCCGAAUCUGCGCGGCGGGGGUGGCGAGCGCGCGGGGGGAGGGCGCGGCGGCGGACUGCCUGGCGCACUACCUGCUGCAGGACCACGCCGCCGCGCUGCUCGGGGACGCCCUCGUCCCGCCCCCCGCGCCCCGGCCGCCCCCACCCCGCCGGCACCCGCCUCCGCCCGAUAUGAGGAACGCCGCUAUAGGACAAGUCGCCAGCCUCAUCAACAUACCAAUGAAAACCAAAUUUCAAAUGCUCGCAGAAGACUUCAAGGAAACAGUCUACGCGUCUUACUGGAAAAAACCAUUGGGACAAGUUCGCGAUCAGACGCCCAUGCUGCCUGAAGGAUUUGAUAUAACAGGAACCACGUUUGGCACCAAAAUUCCUUAUGAGGGGUCACUCUACGAUUUAAUAAUGCCUAAACACCCUCUACCAGAUAAAACUCCGCGAUCCAAAGAGCCCGGGGUCCAGACCGACAGGCAUUACUGCAGACCCCCAUUUAACCCUGACUUGACUUACGGUUAUAGGUGUAAUGUAGACAGACGCGGGCGAUUGGGUAAAUGCUGUGUAACUGAUGAUAGAGUUAUUCUGGGAACAGCCAACAAAGUGGUCAUCACGAGCCGCGAAGCAGACUUUUUAGCCAGCCAUAAGCCGAGGAUAGGCGCUCAACUUGCCCCAAACCAGAACAUCAAGGAGGUACCUGAAGGAUUCACAUUUGGCAUACUGUAUCCUCCUGACAGUUUUGCAGAGUGCAUGAAAUUUUGUGAUAUUAAUCCUGGUUAUUUAUUUUUCCUGAAAUGCUUGGCACAUUUGAACUCUUUAAGGAAAUGUAUUUCAAAACUAUUCCUCCCUACGUUUUUUCGCAAACUUGAGUUGGAACUUAAGUAUUUUGAUAAAGAAAAAUGUGGAUGGUUGCCGAAAGAAGUCGUCUACAAACACUGUGGCAGUAAGAACAUGCGAUUCAACCCCGAGCUCUUGGAACCUCUAGUAGAAAUGUGGGGAGGAUUUGACGGUACUAACAUAAAGUACAGUACCUUCACGCACAUUCUUAACUACAAGCAGCCAUUACCAACAAUGCCUAAAAUAGAAGACAUUGAACCUGAAUGUGCAAUUUUUAAGACAACUUACAGAGAAAUGGUGAAGCCAGGUCAAGAAACCGACACUAGACUCAGAGCUGGCCUUCCUUCGGGAAGAUACUUUGAUAUGGAUUACCCUGUAGUGCCGCCGGGUGCCUGUCAGGCUGAUGUAGCGAACCUGCCAGGUGAGACCGACAUCAAGUCGUGUAUCAAUCCGAGUGUACUGACUCUGUUGAACGUGACCCACAGAGACAUGUUUGCGGCGCGAACCCCCGCUGUCGUCAGAAAAGUGUUCGAGGCAGUCGGGGAGCAAUUCACAGACGAGACAUUCGACGCCACGUGGAAACAAGCUCAAGAGCAGCACUCGGAAGGUUUGGUAUGUUUUGAAACAUUUAGAAGAGCGUUGUAUAAUAAUGACAAGACAAAUUAAACAAAGUGUCUGUUUC